CAGGGCGCCAAGAUCAUGGAGGAGCUGCGGCCGAACCUCGUGGGCGGGCUACUGGGCGUGGGUGGGCUGCUGGAGGAGCAGGCGGCGGGCGGUGAGACUAAGUACACGCCGGACAAGAGCCGCAAGUGCAGCAACGCGUCCUCGUCCUCGGCGGAGGAGUUCGGCGGGCUGUACGGCGCGGAGCACGCCGCCACGCCGCCCGCGCCACCGCUCACCCGCUCGCUGCAGGAUCACUCAGCGGAAGGAGCGUUCAAAAAGUUAAAGCCGGAGCCGGGCGGGAGCGGCGCGGGCGCAGCGCUGUCCCCGGCCCUGGGCCCGCAGCACGCCGGCCACACGCCCACCACCGCCUCCUGCCCCACCCCCGCACGCCGACGACACAGGACGACCUUCACACAGGAACAACUAGCGGAACUAGAGGCGGCGUUUGCGAAGUCUCACUACCCCGACAUCUACUGCCGCGAGGAGCUCGCGAGAACGACAAAACUCAACGAGGCAAGGAUACAGGUCUGGUUUCAAAACCGACGGGCGAAAUACCGGAAGCAGGAGAAACAGCUACAGAAAGCCCUGGCGCCGUCAGUGCUGCCGGGCUGCAACGGCAUGAUGCGAAACAUACAGGGUUACCGGGGCUACCAGCCUUACCCACAUCCAAACACCAUCAACAGAUAUCCCCAGCACCACGGGAGUUACGAGGAGCUCCAAAAGGACAUAUUCUCUCUUUCCCAGAUGGGUGGGGGCUCCUACCCCAUGCCCCAAAGCUUCUCAAUGGGCCACAGCGCAAAUAUGAGCGCCGUCGGCAUGCGGCAGGAUGCGAUGGGCAUGAGCGCAGAGGACGAGUGGUACAACAAGUCCCUGUCCGCGCUCCGGAUGAACAGCGGCCACGCCAACCUGGCCGCGGCGCCGAUGCUGCAGUACCAGACCUAA